AGUCCCACUCCUCCAUCCUGCCCACCAGCCCCGAAGCCAUUGCGCCCCGAAGCCGUCGCAGAUGCUGUUGCGGAGGCCCGGGACCGAAAUUUAACUGCGGUUGGUGAGGUGGCGGCGGACCGGGUGGCGGCGGGGGCGGGGGCCCAGCGUGGUAGGGCGGCGCCGGCAUCCUGUUUAGGGCGCCUGCGGUGGCGGCGGCGUGUACGGAUUCAUCUGCGGCGGGUAGCCGCCCUGCGGAGGCGGCGGUGCGUACGGCCUGUAAGACGCCAUCGCGCGGCGGCUAGGGUUCCUCGGAACCCGAGCCCCAGCACACAGACACCGCGCCGGCGGACACUGCUCGCUCCCCCUUCUCCUCCGUCGCCGCCACCGCAGAAGCCUCUACCACUGCACGUCCGAGGCCACCGACACAUAUUCUACCAAAUCUAUGGGAGCGCGAGGUAGUCGGCGUCUCGGCGAUUUGGCGAGGAGCUGGAAGGAAGGAAGGAAGGGGCGAUGAGAAUUUCACGACAGCUUGUGAAUCCUCGCCUAGGAUGCCGACGGGCACGGCGCCCACGGUGGUCACCUUCUGCGCCUCUUCGAGGUGGUGCUCAUCGGCUCCAUAGAUCUGGCACCAUGCUUAGCCGACCAUGGCGAGGCCAUCAAGGAGGACACCGGCCACGAUCCGUCAGAUGAUGGAGCCCACGAGCCAUUUUCACGUAAACUUCUUGAAGAUAAGCCUCGGAUCACAGAAGAAAUGGUCCGUGGAUAUAUGAGCAACACUGAGCUUGAGACCGCUGUACAUGCCUUUGGAAGUCGUUGUUCCAAUAUCUCCAGGGUGUACAGUAUCAAAUUUACACACUGGCGAACACUUCUGGUUAUUCUUGUAGUGGGUGAUUGAAAUAUCAGACAAGCCCAAGCAAAGGGAAUCUGAACCAGCAUUCAAGUUCAUUGGAAACGUUCAUGGUGAUGAGCCUGUUGCAAGAGAGGUUCUUAUGCAUCUUGCAAAUUGGCUGUGUGAUAACUAUCUGAAAGAUUCACUGGCAACUCUCAUUGUUGAGAACAUGCACCUUCAUAUACUUCCGACAAUGAACCCUGAUGGGUUUGCUCUUAGAUGGCAUGGUAAUGCAAACAAUAUUGAUCUCAACAGGGAUUUUCCUGACCAACCAUUCAAUUGACACUAGCCGAAAUUGAAGUUCUUCCCCGUUAACAACGAUAUUGACUACAGACAGCCUGAAACUAGAGCCAUUAUGAAUUGGGUAAAGCAAGAACACUUCACGACUUCUGCUAGCUUGCAUGGGGGGGCUCUUGUUGCCAACUAUCCAUGGGAUGGAACUAGAGACACAAGGUCUGUUGGCAUCUAUCAUUUUGCAAAUUUGCACCAGCAACAGAACAUGUACAUGGCGAAGACAAAUCAUUAGGGCUCAAUAUGACUUUGUUUCACAUUGUAACAUCCUCAACAAUGAUUUUACUUCUUACAACAAACACUACUACGGAUGUCCUGAUGAUAAGACAUUCCAGCACAUGGCAUCUGUGUAUAGUCGGUCUCACUAUAACAUGUCUUUGAGCAAAGAAUUUGAAGGAGGGAUAACAAAUGGAGCAUUCUGGUACCCAAUAUAUGGUGGUAUGCAAGACUGGAACUAUAUACAUGGAGGCUGCUUUGAGUUAACUCUGGAGAUUAGUGACACAAAGUGGCCAAAAGCAGAUGAGCUUCCUAUCAUCUGGGAACACAGUAGGAUGAGUAUGCUCAAUCUUCUAGCAAGCCUAAUAAAGAUUGCAAGAACGGGACUGCUAAGCAAGCUAAGAUUUCAAUGGCCUAUUCCUUCAUACACAGGCCAUUGAGCGACGAGGAACGCCGUGUCACUUGCAAUGACCAGAGACGGGAGGUCUUCGUUGCCCAGGACAUCGCUAACAAGGAAAUUGACCGCACCGUUGCAUUCGACAAGGUAAGAUGGAUUAGCAAAUAAUAUUGUUUGACAUUUAGGUUUUUAUAUUUUAUAUAAUACACUAUUAGGUGAGUGCCUGUGCGUUGCAGGCCUGGGUUUCUCUUUGAUAUCAUUACGGACGACUCGUGAAUAUUGUCAUCCAUAUCAUAAUCGUAUAACACAUAUGUAUAUAUAAGUUAUCGAGAUAUUAUAUGUCCCCGUUGCAACGCACGGGCACUGACCUAGUAUUCAUAUAUGGACUAAUAGUAAUAUGGUCAAGCCAAUUCAUGGUUCCUCAUAUCUUAUUCACUUUGGCUUGACCAAUCCUCGUAAUCACUUCAACCUCUAUUAUGAUCAUAUUUAUGCAUAGUAAUUUCUCAGGUCUUGUCCAUACAUUUAAACCAAUAUAGAGAUCAUAUUAUAUCCAUUUGCAUUGUCUCACUGGUUAUUUAACCUUGUGUUGAACCUUUGUUCACUGUCAUUAUACACUAUUCAAGUAUGUUCAUCAUACUGAAUUUCCUGUUCAACACUUACCAAACUUGUUAGUCCUUUAAAUGUGUUGUCAUCCAAAUCACCAAAACUCACAAAAGGGAUGAAUGCACUUUCAGUCUCCCCCUUUUUGGUGAUUGAUGACAACACAUUUAAAGCUUACAUAAGAUUUGAUAAAUAAGAUUUUGAAUCCAAUGAUAUAGUUUCCUCCCCCUAAAUAUGUGCAUUUCAGAAAAUACCAAUUUUGUACUCAAAUGGCAAAAGCACAUAUUUGGGUCAAAGUAUGGAGACAACUAUAUCAUACUAUUCAUGGGGUGCACUGAGCCAUAAAAUAAACGUCACUCAUCAAUUUCCUACAUCUUAUGUUUUACUUAUGAUUCUCCCCCUUUUGUCAAUUAUUUCCCCCCUUUUCAAAAGUCUUCUUACACUUAGUUACAUAAGACUAAAGGUAAGCUUUAACGCACAAUUUCUCCCCCUUUGUCAUAAAUCUCCAAAAAAGAUAUAAAGAAUAUAAAGGGUAGAAAUUAUGAUUAAUCAAGAUUUGAACACACUAUCAUGAAAAGGGUCCUUAUAUGGCACAAAGGUAAUGGAGAAGUGUCAUAAGUGAUGUACCUUUGCGUUUUACCUUUUAAAAGGGGUGUUCCACACUUGUGUUGUAUUUAGAGUUCAUUUUGCAAUCUCUUGUUGGCAUAAUUGUGACAUAGGUCCAAGAUAUCAAAUGAAUAUUGUCAUACUAAUUGAAAGAUAAAUCUUGAUACCUGGAGUCUAGAUGUCACCUAGCAUUUUCUUAUGAUAACAAGAGGCAGCAUGAAAAUUGCACAAGUACAGAUUAUACAACUAGUGAUCAUGUACGAAAAAUAUCAAUUGAAAACCAUCAAUUGAUACAAUUUGAUAGAUAAUCAGAUCACUAAUUGCAUAUUACACUAAGUUCUCCUCAAGUUUUAGUGCACACAUAUUGUUGGGGACCUUCGGCUUCCGAAGGUCCUCAAAAACAGGAUUUAACAGUAUUUCUGGAGUAUAAUGUGUGAACAGGUAUCUUCGAACUCAAGUCGGCAUCACAGUAGACCAGAAUAAUACGAAGGUUGGUACAGCGCCGAAGGUGUGAGCAGGAAAGCUUCGGCGUAGCAGCAAAAAGUGAAACCGACUUAAAGAUGAAAAGGCUAUUUAGACCUCGACAGAUUACUAUAGAAUUAUUAUCAAGUGUAAAGGGCAUGAAUGUAAUUUUGUAUGGGUUGUGUCCCGCGCCUAUAAAUAGGUGAACAGUACCCCCGUACUGUUCACGCUGACUUGGCAUUCGCUUUUUGCGUCACGCUUGUACUAUCAUCUCCUUCCAGUUAAAGGUACACUUGUAAUUCAACGAUAUUUCUGUCUAUGCCUGAUAAUAAUACAUAAUUGUUUAUGUUGGCUUUUA